CCUCCCUUUACUGCGUGUUUUUUCUCUCCCUCUUUUCAUUUUUCUCCCCCACCCACUCUCUGUCUCUCUCCGGCUCCCGUUAUUUGGCCGCUGCGCGGGAUGAGAGUUUACCUGUCCGCGUAGCUCACCUGAGCCGACUCACCUGUCCCGAGGCGAGGGACGCUUCCGCGGCGCUGGCAACUGAACCCGGGGGAAAGGAAAGGAAAGGAAAGGAAAAGCGGGACGAGGCUUGCGAAACGAGGAGAAAGGUGCAACUCCUUCUCUUUUUUUUUUUUUUUUUUUUGUCCUCCCACGUUUCCUGCUUUUUACCUGCGUAAAAGUUUGGAGCGCAUCGGGGAGCAAUGCCGAGGGCCUUUCUGGUGAAGAAGGCGAAUGUGUCGCCGGGGAAGCGGAACUGGAGCGAGCUGCCGGACCACGAGAGGGGAGACGUGUAUGUCCCAGUCUCCAUCUUCCCCCCGGUCCUGACGACGGAGGCCGAAGCCAGCCCUGCUGAGGCCGCACCUCUAUGCCUCACCACGCACUCGCUGCAGGACGCGUCGGCCGAGCUGCCGUCUAGCACGGUCCUCGGCCGACAUCAAAGCCCAGCGGCGUCGCCGCAGGGGUGGACGGACGUCAGGAAGAGAUCUCCGGCCAGCUCCACGUACAUCCGGGCCAAGAUGAAGGUGACUACAGGCGAGUUGCCCCCCGACCUGGCUCCUCCACCUCUCCCUCUUCCCCCCAUCCCCUCUCCGCCACCUCAGCCAUCACACGCGCCUGUGAUGCCAGCCGCCCCAAAGCCCACCCCUGCCCCUCUGGAGGCGGUCUCCAUGGUGACGGGAUCAGCAGAUCAGAGCCAGAAUUCAUCAGCCACAACAACAGGGUUGGAUAAGUUUGUGUGCCAGGUCUGCCAGAAGACCUUCCAGUACCAGCGGAUGUUGAACAGACAUCUCAAAUGCCACAACGACACCAAGAGACACCUCUGCAAGUUCUGCGGCAAGGGUUUCAACGACACCUUCGACCUCAAGAGACACGUACGCACACAUACAGGCGUCCGGCCGUACAAGUGCACCCUGUGCGAGAAGGCCUUCACGCAGCGCUGCUCGCUGGAGUCCCACAUGAAGAAGAUCCACAGCGUCACCCUGAAGUACGCCUACAAGGAGCGGCGCAACAAGCUGUACGUGUGCGAGGAGUGCGGCCACACGGCGGGGGCGCAGGACGAGCUGCUCGUCCACCUGCACGCGCUGCACCCAGACAGCCAGCUGCUCAAGGGCAAGGCCGGCGCCAGGAGGCUGGGCGGCGGGGGGGCCGGGGGCUCCACGCCCAGCUCCCCGCAGGAGGGCGACAGCGACGACACCACCGGAUCCUCCGGACAGUAGAAGACGGAAACAUCCGGACUAUCGAGAAUAAGCUGAGGAGGGACAGAUGUUGACUCCUGAUGGAGACAGACUGCAUAGCAACCGGGGAACGCAAAUCCUUUUGUAUUUACUGUUUAAAUGUGUAUAUUUAUGAAUGUAUGAACUUGGAUUUUGGGUUAAUACCAUGUAUAUCAGUUGUUUAUUUGAUAAUGCACCAAAGAAGGCCAAGUGAUUCAGAGGUUCUGCAAAAAUCAUGACCAUCUUUGUCCGGUUCAGUUGUCUAAGUUGUUGUUUUGUCUCGUCUUGUUUUGGCCCGUUUGUGUAUUUUUGUGUGGGAUUGUACUACCUGGGGGAUUCUCUGUACAGCAGAAAAAAAUACCUUUUUCUAUGAAAAAUACUUUAUUCAUUAAAGGGAGUAAUAUAUUACACAAGUUAUUUUGCAGCAGA